CACAAUGCUUGUAAUGACUUAGCCUUCAUUUGCGUAUUUUUGUGACUGUGGGCGUUCGUAGGUUUUCCCAGCUUUUGCGGUGCAUUCUCUACACGACCAUAGUCUUUUCCGCUUUCAUUUCUCUUGCAUACGAACGAGAAUCAAUUGAGUUAUGGCUGACGACAUUAGCAGCGACGAACGAGAAGAAAUCGUUGAAUUAGCGAUCGACGACGAUGACUCGCCAUUGAAAACCAAAAUGAUCGAGAACGAAAGGGUCAGUUCUACAGUGAGAAGCACUUCUGUUCGCACCGGCAGCGAAAAGAGUGGCAAGGACGCACAAGAAAACGGCGAAGUAGAAGAUUCAGAGGAGGAAGAAGACGGAGAAGACGAAGACGACGAGUCGGAAGAUGAGAGCGACGAGGAGUCAUCUUCAGGAGAAUCAUACAGCGAAGAUUCUGAGGAAUUCGAGAGGGUCAAGCUAGAAGGGAAGAUUGCAGCUGAUGAACGUCCACGUCAAGGCUAUGCUUCAUCAAGUAAAUCCUUGUUUGAGAAAAAAGCUCAAGAAGCUAGUGAGACAGGUACAGCUCGACUCAAACCAAUAGAACAGGAGAAAGAACUGUUUUCAGGCACUAGUUCUCGCCGCCAUACCUUUGAGAAAGCUGCUGCAGAAGAGGUGAGAAAGACAGCUCCAAAGAUAAAGGUAGAGGAAGAGGAGAUUGAUUUAUCUGGCCGAGCAAAAUCUCACAAACAGCUCUUUGAAGAACAGGCCAAGUUAAGUGCCCAGGUGUCUCCUUCACUUCCGAGAAAAAUUUUCGGUGAGCAGGAUGGUGAAAUUGAUAUCUCUGGUAAGGCAAAGUCCAAGAAAGAAAUGUUUGAAAAAAUAGCAUCUGAGCACAAAGGAACAUCGCCAGCUGCUGAAAGGAAAUUUCUGGGUGAUGUAGAUUUGUCAGGUCGAGCAAAAGCCCAUCGGAAUAUUUUCCAGCAAAAGAUAGAAGAAGAAUCACAGGUGAGGACAUCACGCAAGAUGCAUUUAGAGGAAGAUGUGUUUUCUGGCAAAGCAUCAUCCCGCCGUCAAAUGUUUGAGAAAUUUGGAUCAGGAGAAAAUGGAAGUCAAAAAGGCUCAAGGACACCUGCGGAUGAGGAGCAGAUUGACCUGACUGGAAGAGCCAAGUCUCACAGGCAAAGGUUCGAACAGUUUGCUGAAGAAGCCUCAAAGGUCAAAACAGCUCAGUCCAGGAGUGAUGAGCUUGACCUAUCUGGAAAAGCAUUGUCCCACAAAGAGUAUUUUGAUGAGAAGGUGGCUGAGGCAGGUAAAACCAAGACAGCAGAGAAGAAAUUAAGAGAUGAGGAGGAAGAAGCCAUCAUGGGUAGGGCUCGUUCACAUAAGCUGUCUUUUGAAGAAAAGGCUGCAAAAGAUUUGGAAGUCCAAACUUGUGAUAAGUCAAGGCUUGAGGAAAUCCCUGAUAGAGCUUUAAAGAAAAAGAGCAAGAAAGAGAAGCAUGGGGACGAGCAUGAAAAGAAGAAAAAGAGAAGAAGGUCGUCAUCCAAGUCAAAAGAACACAAAGAGAGUGCGAGCCAUGAAGAAGUAAAUCCAGAGGAAAAAAGUGGGACUGACUUUCAAGAGGAAGAAAAAGCCAAGGUUGAAGAGAGAGCAGAUGAGAAAGAAGAAGUUGCUGAAGAGACUUUCAUUAAGGAGGAUGAAGAGUUUGGAAAUGAGUAUGUAGAUGAUCACAAAGUGAAUGGCAAAAUACAUGGCUCAGACGAGGAAGAGCACGAAGAAGUUGAGGUUGUAAAUGAACUCAAUAAUGAAAGUGAAAUCAAAGUUGCAGCUUCAGUGACAUAUGAGUCUAGUGCACUGGGAAUUGUUGAUGAAAAUUCUGCAGAAGACACCGUUCCUAGCAAGGAAGACAAUGUUCCAAGCAAGGUUGAAGAAGCACCCGAGCCAGCUGCUUCUGAUGCAGUGGAUAGUAAAAGCAUUCCAAUGGAUUAUCGUGCCAGGAGGGCUUUGAGACAGAAACAAAAGGACACGGAGAGAGGUGAGACUGUUAAUACAACNAAAAGUGGGACUGACUUUCAAGAGGAAGAAAAAGCCAAGGUUGAAGAGAGAGCAGAUGAGAAAGAAGAAGAAGUUGCUGAAGAGACUUUCAUUAAGGAGGAUGAAGAGGUUGGAAAUGAGUAUGAAGAUGAUCACGAAGUGAAUGGCAAAAUACAUGGCUCAGAUGAGGAAGAGCACGAAGAAGUUGAGGUUGUAAAUGAACUCAGCGAUGAAAAUGAAAUCAAAGUUGCAGCUUCAGUGACAUACGAGUCUAGUGCACCCGGAAUUGUUGAUGAAAACUCUGCAGAAGACAUCGUUCCUAGCAAGGAAGACAAUGUUCCAAGCAAGGUUGAAGAAGCACCCGAGCCAGCUGCUUCUGAUGUGGUGGAUAGUAAAAGCAUUCCAAUGGAUUAUCGUGCCAGGAGGGCUUUGAGACAGAAACAAAAGGACACAGAGAGAGUUCAAGAGGAAGAAAAAGCCAAGGUUGAAGAGAGAGCAGAUGAGAAAGAAGAAGUUGCUGAAGAGACUUUCAUUAAGGAGGAUGAAGAGUUUGGAAAUGAGUAUGUAGAUGAUCACAAAGUGAAUGGCAAAAUACAUGGCUCAGACGAGGAAGAGCACGAAGAAGUUGAGGUUGUAAAUGAACUCAAUAAUGAAAGUGAAAUCAAAGUUGCAGCUUCAGUGACAUAUGAGUCUAGUGCACUGGGAAUUGUUGAUGAAAAUUCUGCAGAAGACACCGUUCCUAGCAAGGAAGACAAUGUUCCAAGCAAGGUUGAAGAAGCACCCGAGCCAGCUGCUUCUGAUGCAGUGGAUAGUAAAAGCAUUCCAAUGGAUUAUCGUGCCAGGAGGGCUUUGAGACAGAAACAAAAGGACACGGAGAGAGGGUCCACAAGUGAUUCCUCCAGAACAAAAUCUACUGAACUACAGCAUGAAAAAUCGGAAGAUGCACAUGACAGCAAGUCAAGCAAAGUUGAGGACAACACAGUGGUAGAUGAAGAAAAGCCAAAGGCAGAGGAAGAAAAGAAUGAUCUAGCAGCAAGAAGAGCAGAGAGGCGUGAGAGAAGGAGACAGAGUGCUACUGCUUCAGAGGGUAAUACUGAUGAAUCAGCUGACGCAUUGGCUGCAAGAAGAACAUCUUUAGCAGCUCGGAGAGCUGAACGAAGGCAAAGAAGGGAAGAAGCCACUGAGGAGAAAACAGCAAAUGAUGAAGAAGGGAAAUCUUCUAGUGACAAAGUGGAAGAAGUGCAGUCUUCAAUCAACGAGAGGAGAGCAGCCCGCAGAGCUGCAGCAAGAGCUGCUGAGGAAAAGACUGUAGCUAAAGAAGAGUCAGCACCUGUCAAGGAAGAAGAGAAGGAAGACAACUUAGCACAAAAGAGGCAGGAGCGAAGAGAGCGAGCCACAAGGCGUAGAAGCAGCAGUAAAGAUGACUCCGAAUCAGGAAAGAGUUCUUUGGUAAAACAAGAAUCCUCUGAAGAGGACCAGUCUUCUCAAACAAGUAAGGCAACUUCUGAGGAGACGUCAACAUACACUUCCACUGUGAAGGCGAGAUUUGAGAGGAAAGCUGGUGAGGAGCAAACCAACAGUUCAUCACAAGGAAGAAGUUCAAAGUCUUCAAAUGAUGAGGGUGAGAGAUAUUCAAUACAUAAGAGACUGUCAGAGGAGAGGCAAGGAGACCANAGGACACAUUAUAAACAGAAAACCUUACCAAAACCUUACGUGAUGCUUUUUUUUUUAAUUUUUGGACAGAGAACUAAUCGCUUUACAGUGCAGCAGGAGAAGUGCGAAACAUGCCAAAAGACUGUUUACCCAAUGGAGAGGCUAGCAGCAGACAAGAAAGUCUUCCACAAAAGUUGCUUUAAAUGCUCUGAGUGCAAAGCUACCCUGAGACUUGGAAACUACGCUGCUCUUCAAGGCGAACUUUAUUGUAAACCACACUUCAAACAGCUGUUUAAAGCCAAAGGCAAUUAUGAUGAAGGAUUUGGACGGGCUCAGCACAAGUCGCAGUGGAACAAAAACAGUUGAAACAAGAAUUCUUUACGGCAGCCCAGAUAAUAGUGGCAGUAAAUGAGUUAUUAAUAGAAAAAGAAUGUAGCAUAUGGCUUAAGUCACUGUAAAAUCCUUUCAUGUAAGGGACGGACCAUAAUUUUUUUAAGUCAAACACCAGAGCUGGAUAGUAGAAAGCUCUUAACUGAAUUUUUUCCCCUGGCUCUCCUUGUACGAUUAUAUUUUCAGCAGGAUUUGCUGUGCAGGAAUUUUUUUUUUUGGAAAUUGCCCAUUCUCCCACCCCGCCCUAAAAAAAAAAA